GUGGCACUGGGAGCUGCUGGGAGUGGAAGAGGAGAGUGUCUGUCUGUCUGUCCAUCCACCUGCCAGAUUUCCUUGUAGACAUUCCUGCACUGAGUUAAAAUGGCAGAUGGAUCAAAGGUUUUCAAGAAGACCAGCCCCAACAGCAAGCUCUCCCUGUACCUGGGGAAGAGAGACUAUGUGGAUAAUGUGGACUCAGUGGAAUCUGUUGAUGGUGUCUGCCUGAUUGACCCAGAGUACCUAAAGGACAGGAAAGUGUAUGUGACGCUGACCUGCGCCUUCCGCUACGGCCGCGAUGACCUCGACGUGAUCGGCCUGACCUUCAGGAAGGACAUCUACGUGCUGACCACCCAGCUGUACCCACCUGUGCCAGACCAGGCCCCCAAAACCCUCACUCCUCUGCAGGAGAAGCUGAUGAAGAAGCUUGGGGAGAACGCCUACCCCUUCACCUUCGAGAUUGCCACCAACCUGCCCUGCUCCAUCACCCUCCAGCCCGGGCCAGAUGAUGUGGGAAAGGCCUGUGGCGUGGACUUCGAGGUCAAAGGAUUUUGUGCUGAAAAUCUGGAGGAGAAAAUUCACAAGAGGAACUCCGUGCGCCUCAUCAUCCGCAAGGUCCAGUUCGCCCCGCUGCAGACGGGGCCAGCCCCGAGAGCCGAGACCACCCGGCAGUUCAUGAUGUCAGACAAGCCUCUGCACCUCGAAGCUUCCCUGGACAGGGAGAUCUACUACCACGGAGACCCCAUCAAUGUGACCGUCAACAUCAACAACACCACCAACAAGGUUGUGAAAAAAAUUAAGAUCUCAGUGGAUCAGAUCACAGAUGUGGUCCUGUAUUCUCUGGACAAGUACACGAAGACUGUGUGCACCGAGGAGAUAAAUGAGACUGUGGCCGCCAAUUCCACCUUCUCCAAAACGUACGCGGUGACCCCCCUGCUCUCCUCAAACCGCCAGAAGCGAGGCCUCGCUCUCGAUGGCAAACUCAAGCACGAGGACACCAACCUGGCCUCCACCACCAUCCUGAGACCUGGCAUGGACAAGGAGGUGCUGGGCAUCCUGGUGUCCUACAAAGUGAAGGUCAACCUGGUGGUGUCCCGAGGAGGCAUCCUGGGGGAUCUCACUGCCAGUGAUGUUGGGGUGGAGAUGCCUGUCAUCCUCAUGCACCCGAAGCCUGAUGACUCUAAGCCAAGGAGCGAGGAGGACAUUGUCAUCGAGGAAUUUGCUCGCCAGAAGCUCAAGGGAGAGAAGGAUGAUGAAGAUGAGAAGGAGGAAGCUGAGAAAGAGGAGAGCUAAGCUGCCGGCCCCCCAGGCCCCAGUUUGGGACACACCUGCCUCUAGUGUCCCCACUGUGCCACACCUGGCACAGCCCCCUCAGCCCCCCACAGUCCUCGUAGGUGCCCCCUCCUCACCCACUCCAAGCCCUGGUAGUGAUGGUGAGAGCUGCUGCAGCUCCUCACGGGCCUGCCACGCUGGAAAGCCCCACGGUGCUCCCUGUUCCCAUGGGUGCCAGCACAGGAACAGGGACUGGGCAGGAUGCAAUGGCCCCCGCCAAGCGCAUCACCUGCGUGACUGUCACCUGCCUGUGACAUGUUGUGCAUAGCUCUAUGACAUUGAUACCAAUAAACCCACCCGGUGGCCCGG